AUGGAAAUUCCCCCCAAGAGCCCUGACGGGAGUGAGAAAUCUCCUCAGUCCAAGGAGCUGCUGACCAGUAACACGGCCAGCACCCUCUGCAUCAGCUCCCGGAGCGAGUCUGUCUGGACCAGCGCAUCCAGAAGCAAGUGGGAUAUAUACCACAAGCCCGUCAUUGUGGUGUCUGUCGGAGCAGCUGUCUUCCUCUUCGGGAUGGUCAUCACCAGCCUGUCUUGCAUCCAAAGCAAGAACAAAAAGGUUUACAAAAUGUGUGGCCCGGCUUUUCUAUCCUUGGGACUGAUGCUCCUCGUUUGCGGCCUUGUCUGGAUCCCCAUCAUCCGAAAGAAGCAGAAGCAGAGACAGAAGUCACAGUUUCUUCAGAGCCUCAAGUCCUUCUUCUUUAACCGCUGA